GGUUCCAGCCCCACCAAAUCUCUGCUUUACACUGAGUGUAAGGGGCUGUCACCUCCGCCGUGUGCACGCUCAGCCAUGGGACAGAAACGAGGGUCAGCCAUAAUGCCGCUGUGCCUCCUCUUGUGCCUGAUGCUCCUGAGCCCACCGGGGGCCACCCUGCACCGCCACGACUCCCGGGAGUCAAAGAAGAAGGCCAAGGAGACACCCAUGGUCAGCACGGUGGCCCCUCCCAGCAGGGACUUCACCUUCGACCUCUACAGGGCCUUGGCUAUGGCUGUCCCCGACCAGAACAUCUUCUUCUCCCCUCUAAGCAUCUCCAUGUCCCUGGCUAUGCUGUCCCUGGGGGCCCGGUCCAGCACAAAGGCACAGAUCCUGGAAGGCCUGGGCCUCGGUCCCCAGGGAGGCUCGGAGCAGGGCCUCCACCAUGCCUUCCACCAGCUGCUGCGGGAGCUUGCCCGGCCCAGAAAGGGCCUCCAGCUGAGCCUCGGCAACGCUCUGUUCAUCAGCCCCAUGGUGCACAUCCGGGACGCCUUCCUGAGCUCCGUGAGGACGCUGUACCUGGCCGACACUUUCCCCACCAACUUUGGGGACCCCGCAGGGGCCCAGAAGCAGAUCAACGAUUACGUGGCAAAGCAAACAGACGGCAAGAUUGAGGACUUGGUUAAGGACCUAGACAGCACUGAGGUCAUGGUGAUGGUGAAUUACAUUUUCUUUAAAGCCAAGUGGGAGACAAGCUUCAGCCUCAAAAACACCCGUAAGCAGGACUUCCACGUGACCUCGGAGAUGGUGGUGCAGGUACCCAUGAUGAAGUGCGAAGACCACUUUUACUACUUCCUGGACCGGAGCCUCUCCUGCAGGGUGGUGGGGGUUCCCUACCAAGGCAACGCCACCGCUCUGUUCGUUCUCCCCAGCCAGGGCAGGAUGGGGCAGCUGGAGGACGGACUGAAUGAGAGGACCUUGAGGAGGUGGCUCAGGAUGUUCACAAAGAGGCAGCUUGAGCUCUACCUUCCCAAGUUCUCCAUUGAGGGUUCCUAUCAGCUGCAGGAAGUCCUCCCCAAGCUGGGCAUCAAUGAUGUCUUCACCUCCCAUGCUGACCUGACGGGCAUCACCAACUGCACCAACUGCAUCCAGGUGUCUGAGAUGGUGCACAAGGCCGUCGUGGAGGUGGACGAGUCGGGGACCAAAGCGGCCGCAGCCACAGAGAUGAUCUUCAUGUUCAGGUCGGCUGCACUUAGCUCUCAAAGGGUCAUCUUCAACAGGCCAUUUAUGAUGCUCAUUGUAGAGAACUUCACCAACAUCCUCUUCGUUGGCAAAGUGACCCACCCCUGAGGGGGGUGUUUCCCCUGAAAGGCCACAAGCCUCCGUAGCAGAAGUUGAAGGCUCACUGUGGCAUCUGUCUGCUGGGAACUGAUGAUUUACGCAGGUUUCAUUGACUACUGAAGCUUUUACAAGUAAUAACAAUAAUAGCAUUGAAAAACGGAUGAUGGCUUCUUUUCACACAACUGCAAGGUAUGGGGGCCUGGAAGAAGAGCCUUUGGUCUUGCCCUCACCCUUCAUCAGUGGAGUCUAGCACUGGGGGCCCAGAAAGGUUGGUUGACUUGCCCAAGGUCACACAGCAUGUGAGUGGUAGAGAGACGCCCAGAGCCCAGGCACCUGACGCCCAGCCCAGGGCCACAAAGCUCUGAGGGAUUGUUGCGGUCGACAUUUCUACCAAGAAGUGUAUUUCCAAGCCGAGGCCUCCACCGGCAGGUAAUCCCAGCUAUCAGUUCAUCAUGGUUUGAAAUUCAUCAUGCUUACCGUGCGUGGUUGCAUUUAUCUGCUGGAAAGAACACUGACAUGGGAGUCUAGAAUGGGGCUUCUGUCCAGGCCAACCAGCUGUGGGACACUGGGGUAAUGGUGUCCCUCUCGAUUUCCCCCAUGUAUACAAUGAAGGGUCAGGUCAAGGGCUGAAGGCUCCAUGACAUCAUAUAAAGAGGCUGGAGUGUCCCUGCCAGUCACAGUGGGUUUUACUACAUUCAAGUGCUACUUGUCAAUGAAGGACAGCAAGUGGACAGCAGCGUGGUAAUGGCCCAUCACGGCAUCAAACCAUCCUGUGGCUUCAGUUACAACCUCCGGGCGUUGGCUGGGGUCGGGAGGCCUGUGGCAAAUACCAGAGUAUCAACUAAAGACAUUGAUGCUAACAGUGAAUUGCAGUGUCAGUGAGAACAAUAAAGCCUUUUGCAAACACUGA